GUGCCGCCCGCGUGUCCGCCUGGGCAGUGGCAGUGGGCGCCGCCAAGCCCGAGGGCGGGGCCACGCAGUCGCCUGGCGACAUGGACGCGGCGGUCCUCCUGGCGCAGUUGCGCUUGCGACUGGGGGGCGACGCGUCGGCCGAGCUGCAGGCGCUGGGGGGCGCCACCGCGCCGCCAGCCCAGCCUGCGAAGCCUGCGAGGGCGCCGCUAUUGGAGGAGAAGUUUCCGGCGAACGGGGCGGCAUGCAGCAGGGCUGAAACGCAGGUUGAGGCGUGUGUCGCGCGAGAAGAUGCAGAGCGCAGCUACCUCGAGGAGCGCAGUGCAGCCACAGCCGAGGCCGCCGUCGCGGCGUACGAUGCCAAGCUCGAGUGUCAGGAGGAGCCCAAGCCUGAGUUGCUCAAGGUGCUCAACGAGGAGGGCGAGAUCGAUGCAUUCGAUAUAGUUGACGGGGAAACUUUGGAUUUGUCUGACGCGGACGCCGAGGACGGCGAGAAGGCGAGGUGGCUUGAGCUCAAAGCCACGAUGGGCAAGCCGAUUCAGGAGGCCAUCGCGGCCGCAAUCGGGCUCAGCGCGGCGAACAUCCACAAGUCACGGCAGGAGGCGCGGGCGAUGCGAGCGCGGUUUUCUUUCAG